AUGCAAGCUUUAUAUCAGUUAUCUGCCAAUGCAGCGCCACAAGCGUUCCAAAGUCCUGGACAGCCACCUGUUAAUCUUGCAGCCAUGAAACAAUUCAUGCAAGCCGGCGUUUCUCCCGUACUUUUACAGCAAAUACAAGUAGCUCAACAACAGCAAUUUGCCGCAGCUUCUGCAGCAGCUGCAAUGCAUCAGUCGGGUAGUUUGCUUACAGCGCCAGUAGUUGGUACAGUUGUUUCAAAUGCGGAAGGCGAGAAACAGGAUGAGAAAUUAGCACGAGAGCAGUAUGAUCUGCAAGUGCAAAUGCAGAUGGCUGCAGUUGCAGGGAUUGGCCCACAGAUGCCACCAUCUUCUACAGUUCACUCGCAACAGGCUGCGCCUAAUGCUUUGACGACACCGGACCCAUCAACAUCGUCAAACUCCGUCGAUAGCGCACCCAAACGAUUGCAUGUGUCGAACAUACCGUUCCGAUUUCGUGAUCCUGAUUUAAGAGCAAUGUUUGAGAAAUAUGGGCCUGUAACUGAUGUUGAAAUAAUAUUUAAUGAACGUGGUAGUAAGGGAUUUGGUUUUGUGACUAUGGAGAAAUCAGCAGAUGCGGAGAAAGCUAGACAAGAAUUGCAUGGUUCUUCCGUUGAGGGUCGCAAAAUUGAGGUGAAUUGCGCCACUGCCCGUAUACACACCAAGAAGCCGAAAGUCGCACCCGGUGAGCCGAAAUCUUUAUCUUAUUUUCAAAACAAAAAGAGUGAGAGUGAGAAAGUGACGUUACCUAUUUCCUAA